AUGGAGGGAAGAGAGCAACUUGUGCCCACUGCGCCCAAGAUCCCCCCCAACGCCCCAACUGAAGCGCAGAUUCCUCCCACACACACGCCCGGCAGUGAGGAAGCGAAUUCAGGCAGGCACACAACACGACGGCAACUGGGCCCUUGUGGUGGACUCAAGGGGGCGGCAGCUUUCGAGGCCGCGCAACCGCCAGACUCCCUCCGUGAGGCGAGCAGCGGUGGCAGUGGUAGCAUUAGUGACGGGUUGGGGAGGGCAAGAAAGUGCGCACACACACACGCGCACACACUGGCCCCCCACGCGGCAUCGCUGGUAAGAAAUAUC